AUGGCGGAGCUAUCAGACGUGACUGGCACCCAAGAGGAGACUCUACGUGGAAGGGAAACAAAUCCCCCUCCAGGCGAAGUGAGGACGAGGGCUAGGUCGAAGGACAUCAUGGCGGGCUUAGAGGCACGUGUGGCAAAGAUGGAGGGGUCCAUAGCCAACGUGUUGGAGCAGCUUGAGGAUGCUCACCAGCGCAUGGAUGGGCUGGAGUCGGAGGACGUUGAGGUCCAAAAUGCUGUCAAAGGGUCACUCAAUGCCCUAAGUGGUGACUUUCGGCAGGAGCUCCAAGCACUUCGAGAACUUAUGUUGGGUGAGUUUGCCACCCUACGUGGCUAUGUUGAUCAGGAGCUUAGCACUUUCCGCGAGCAAAUGGAGGAAAUGCGAGCGGAUUGGAUAUUGUGCAAACGGGCGGUGGCGUCUGGCAUAGCUACUACGGGGAUAGUAGCACCUCGGGUUGAUAUUCCCAAGCCUAAGUGCUAUGGUGGGAACCGGGUAGCGAGGGAGUCGGAGAACUUCUUCUUCAGCAUGGAGCAAUACUUUGAGGCUACGGGCAUAACCGAUGAGACCAUUAAGAUACGCACGGCGACCCACUACCUCACCGACCAUGCCAUGCUAUGGUGGAGGAAAAAGUAUGGUGACAUAGGCAAAGGUACGGUCUCUAUUAAUACUUGGGCUGAUUUUACUAGGGAAAUUAAGAAGAAUUUCUAUCCUGAGAAUGCCGAGGAUGAAGCUAGGGGUAGACUCCGAAGAUUGCAGUCGUGGGCUAAGACAGAGUUGAGGCGGCGCAACGUGCAAGACCUUGCCACAGCUAUUGCAGAGGCGAAGUCCUUUAUUGAUUUCAGCUCUAAGAAGGAACCCUCGUCCAAGCCAAAAGACAAAGACAAGGAUAAGGUGAGGUAUGCCGGCAAAGGUAGGGGAGAUAAGGGCGCUGCACCCCAUAAGGAUUGGUCCCGUAAGCCAGGUGGUGGCCAUGAAGGCAAAGAGGGAAGGGAGAAUAAGGAAGGAACACCCAAGCCUAAGGGUUCUUGCUUUAUAUGUGAUGGACCACAUUGGGUACGAGAUUGCCCAAAGCGGAAGACCCUCAAUGCCAUGACGAGCCGCUACGAAGAACAACAACAGGAGGAGGCGCAGAUGGGUUCAUUACAAAUCCUUAAUGCCAUCAAGGCUAAAACUGAAGUCCCUGAGGCGGCGGCUAAAGGGCUAAUGUUCGUGGAGGCAAGCAUCAAUGGGACACCCAUACGUGCUUUGGUGGACACGGGUGCAUCCCACAACUUUGUGAGCCUUGACGAGGCCAAGAGGUUGGGCCUCAAGUAUAGCAAAGAAGGGGGCUCCAUGAAGGCAGUUAACUCGGCGGCAAAGGCUAUACAUGGCAUGGCACACGGCGUCCAAGUGUGCAUUGGCGAGUGGGGUGGCCACAUAGAUCUAUUGGUGGUACCCAUGGACGACUUCAAACUAGUCCUUGGGUUGGAGUUCUUAGACAAGGUGAGAGCCUUCCCCAUUCCUUUUGCUAACACUAUGUGUAUUAUGGAAGGCAACACAGCAUGCAUGGUGCCGGUGGAGCGAGGCGCCAAGUUGGAAGCCCAAGCUUUGUCAGCUAUGCAGUUCAAGAAGGGCUUCAAGAAGGGAGAGACUAGCUACCUUGCUACGUUACUGGAGACACCCGAUGAUGAGCUAGUCCCUUCCCCGCAAGAAGAGGUGCCUAAGGAGAUACGAGCCGUGCUAGACGAGUACACGGACGUGAUACCUAAGGAGCUGCCCAAGAAGCUUCCACCUAGGAGGGAGGUGGAUCAUCAGAUUGAGCUGGAACCGGGUUCUAAACCCCCUGCUUUGGUGCCCUACCGGAUGGCACCCUCAGAGUUGGAGGAGUUGCGGAGGCAACUUAAGGAACUAUUAGAUGCGAGCUAUAUUCGACCAUCGAAGGCCCCAUAUGGCGCACCGGUGCUGUUCCAGAGGAAGAAGGACGGGUCCUUGCGCAUGUGCAUCGACUACCGGGCGCUCAACAAGGUGACUAUCAAAAACAAGUACCCCAUUCCUCUCAUUGCCAAUCUCUUUGAUCAACUUGGUGGAGAACGCUACUUCACUAAGCUUGACUUGCGCUCGGGGUACUACCAGGCGCGGAUAGCGGACGGGGAUUAG